AUGGUUUGUUUAAGGUGGGCGAAUUGGGACUUUCAUUUGAGUUUCGAUGCUCGAGCAGGGCCAAUCAUAUCCUUAGCAUCCAUAUUUGACCUUGAAAAGCAAAAGUUCCGUCAAGUUCUGUUCAAAGGGUUACUCUCAGAGGUCUUCGUGCCAUAUAUGGACCUAACUGAAGAAUGGUACUAUAGAGUAUAUUUUGAUGCUGGUGAAUAUGGGUAUGGUCUAUGUGCAGUGCCUCUUGAGCCACAUAGGGACUGUCCAGGAAAUGCAGUUUUCAUGGACGCUUAUAUUGCUGACCAGAAUGGGAUGCCUGUAAAUAUGCCUAAUACCAUUUGCAUAUUUGAGAAGUAUGCUGGAGACAUAAUGUGGCGGCAUACGGAGACUGCUAUACCAGGCAAAGUGAUAAGAGAAGUCAGGCCAGAGGUGACCCUGGUUGUAAGGAUGGUCUCUACCGUUGGCAACUACGAUUACAUUAACGAUUGGGAGUUUAAGCGAGGCGGCUCAAUUAAAGUCACGGUUGGGCUGACUGGUUUGCUUGAAGUGAGGGGAUCAAUGUACACACAUAGUGAUCAAAUAAAAGAGGAAGCCUAUGGUACAUUGUUAGCAGAAAAUACCCUGGGUGCUCACCAUGAUCACUUCUUUACUUACCAUCUUGAUCUUGAUGUGGAUGGUGAUGCAAACUCCUUUGUCAGAUCCAAUUUGCAAAUGACCCCAGUGACUGAUCACAGGUCGCCUAGGAAGAGUUACUGGAGGGUAGUGAGUGAGACGGCUAAAACUGAGUCUGAUGCAAGGAUUAAGCUUGGUGUGGAACUGGCCGAUUUAUUAGUGGUUAAUCCAAACAAGAGAACCAAUAUGGGGAACUUCAUUGGCUACCGUUUGAUCCCAGGGUCUGUUGCGGGGCCUCUCUUAUCAGACGAUGAUGGUUCACAAAUUCGGGCAGCUUUCACCAAGUAUAAUCUGUGGGUCACCCCAUAUAACAAGUCUGAAAAAUGGGUCGGAGGACUUUUUGUUGAUCAAAGCCGAGGAGAUGAUACCCUGGCAAGAUGGAGCCUCAGGAAUAGAGGGAUAGAAAAUAAAGACAUUGUAUUGUGGUACACAUUGGGAUUUCACCACUUGCCAUACCAAGAAGAUUUUCCGGUCAUGACAACACUUAGCGAUGGAUUUGAGCUCCGGCCAGCUAAUUUUUUCGAGAGCAAUCCGGCCAUGUCUUACCGUAUGGUGCUAAACAGUGAAUUGUCUGGUGCUUUCUUUGUUAAAGCGGCAUCCAUAACCAUGAAUUUGCUAGUUCUAAUUUUUACCCUACAAUGCUGCUUGGUAGCUAGCCUUUAUCACCCCUUAGACCCUCUCAAUCCGAAUGAAAUUGACCGAGUAAGGCUCGUUAUUCAAAAGUCUAACCUUGGCAAUCUUCCUAAUCUAACCUUUCAUUUUGUCGAUCUAGAAGAACCAGAAAAAGGAGAUGUACUCAAGUGGCUAUCUUCGUCUAAACAAAGUAAGUCUAUUCCUCCUCGUCGAGCCAAGGUGGUUAUUCGGGUUAGAGGGGAGACUCGUGAGCUCAUUGUGGACUUGGCCACGAGCACUAUCAGUUCGGACCGUCUCUACUCCGGUCAUGGAUACCCUCCUCUCGCUUUUGCUGAACUUUUUCAAGCUAGCAAAUUGCCAUUGAGGUAUCCCAGAUUCGUUGAGUCGAUUAUGAAAAGGGGCUUAAAUUUGUCUGAAGUUUCUUGCAUACCAUUCACCGUUGGUUGGUAUGGAGAACAAGUUACAAAACGAGCACUUAGAAUUGCAUGCUUUUACCGAGGGGGAUCAGUUAAUGUAUUCGCAAGGCCUAUUGAGGGAAUAAGUAUGCUAGUUGAUAUUGAUUCUAUGCAAAUUACUAUGUACACUGAUAGAUUCACCGCCCCUCUCCCUAAAGCUGAAGGAACGGAUUUCCGUUCAAAGGAAAAGCCUAAAUCUAUCACAUACAACGUAUCAGAUAGCGGGUUCACUGUUGAUGGCCACAGGGUUAGAUGGGCAAAUUGGGAUUUUCAUAUAGCAUUUGAUGCUCGGGCAGGGAUUACUAUAUCAACAGCCUCAAUAUUUGAUGCAGAAAUAAAGAAAUUUCGUCGUGUGCUAUAUAAAGGUCACGUAUCUGAGACAUUUGUUCCAUAUAUGGAUCCUACCAUCGAUUGGUACUUCAGGACUUUCAUGGACAUAGGUGAAUUCGGGUUCGGCCGAUCUGCUGACACCCUCCAACCGCAAGUCGACUGCCCUGCAAAUGCCGUUUAUUUAGAUGGAUAUGUGACUAGCGCUGAUGGGCAGGCACAGAAGAUGCCUAAUGUGAUCUGCAUUUUCCAGAGAUACAGUGGUGAUAUAGCAUGGAGACAUACAGAAAUUAAUGUUCCUGGAAAAGUGAUAAGAAGUGGAGAGCCGGAAAUCAGUUUGGUGGCUAGGAUGGUAGCUACCGUGGGAAAUUAUGAUUAUGUUCUUGAUUGGGAGUUCAAGAAAAGCGGCAGCAUCAAAGUUGGAGUGGACCUGACUGGAAUAUUAGAGAUGAAGGCCACCUCGUACACAAAUAACGACCAAAUAAAGGAAAAUGUCUACGGUACCUUAGUGACGGAGAACGCCGUUGCCGUAAACCAUGACCACUUCCUCACGUACUACCUCGAUCUUGACGUUGAUGGUGAUGGCAAUUCAUUCGUCAAAGCAAAACAGCAAACGGCAAGAGCACAAGCAUUUAACGCCCACUCACCAAGAAAAAGUUAUUGGACGGUCGUUAGAGAAACAGCCAAAACUGAAGCUGAGGCACGGAUUCGGCUCGGCUUGGAGCCAGCUGACCUCUUGAUCGUGAAUCCAAAUAAGAAGACAAGGGUUGGAAAUCAAGUGGGCUACCGGCUAAUUACUGGGCAACCGGUUAAUUCUCUUCUGUCUGAUGAUGAUUAUCCACAAAUUAGGAACGCUUAUACAAAAUAUCAACUGUGGGUGACUGCCUAUAAUAAAUCAGAGAGGUGGCCUGGUGGGUUUUAUGCUGAUAGGAGCAGAGGAGAAGAGGGAUUAGCUGUUUGGACCGGCAGGAAUAGAGUGAUUGAAAACAAAGACAUAGUUCUUUGGUACGUAGUAGGAUUCCACCACAUUCCAUGCCAAGAAGAUUUUCCAGUGAUGCCAACACUUCAUGGUGGAUUUGAGCUUCGACCAGCAAACUUUUUUGGAAGCAACCCAUGGCUCAAACAGGAGUAA